AGCAACUUCUAGAAAAAAAAGUAAACUGAACUCUCGCCCUGUGCAGCAAGAUGGCUGACACAGGAAAUUUCUUAAAUAAAGUCCAGUUCAGCUGCCCGAUUUGUCUGGAUUUACUGAAAGAUCCCGUGACUAUACCCUGUGGACACAGUUACUGUAUGAGCUGCAUUAAGAGCUGCUGGGAUAAGGAGGAUCUUCUUGGUGUUUACAGCUGCCCCCAGUGCAGGCAGAUCUUUAAACUAAGGCCUGAUUUGAACAAAAGCACCGUUCUGGCUGAAGUGGUGGAGAAACUGAAGAAAACUGGAUUGCAUGCAACUACUCCUGCUGACCAUCAUGCCGGACCUGGAGAUGUGCAGUGUGACGUCUGCACUGGGAGAAAACACAAAGCUGUCAAGUCCUGCCUGGUGUGUCUGGCCUCUUACUGUGAAACUCACCUCCAGCCUCACUAUGAGUCUCCAGCUUUUAAGAAGCACAAGCUGACUGAUGCCACUGGACGUCUGCAGGACAAGGUCUGUUCCCACCAUGACAGACCGCUGGAGGUCUACUGCCGUACCGACCAGCAGUGUAUCUGUCUGCUGUGUGUGAUGGAUGAACACAGAGGCCAUGAUACAGUCUCAGCUGCCGCAGGAAGGACCGAGAAGCAGAAGCAACAGGAGAUCGCACAGAAGGAAUUCCAGAAAUGGAUCCAGGAGAGAGAGAAGGAGCUACAGGAGAUGAAGAAAGCUGUGCAUGCACUGUCACUCUCUGCCCAAUCAGCAGUGGAGGACAGCGAGAGGAUCUUCACUGAGAUGAUCCGCACCAUUGAGAGAAGACGCUCUGAGGUGACAGAGCUGAUCAGAGAUCAGGAGAAGGCUGCAGUGAGUCAGGCUGAAGGACACAUGGAGAGACUGGAGCAGGAGAUUGAUGAGCUGAAGAGGAGACACUCUGAGCUGGAGCAGCUUUCACACACAGAGGAUCACAUCCAUUUCCUGCAGGGUUGCCAGAUCCUCUGCGUCCCCCUUGCAUCUGUCCCCCUCCCCAGCAUCCCCCUCGUCCCACCUGGCUCGUUUGAGAAUGUGAAGAAAGCUCUUUUUGACUUAAAAGCACAACUGGAGAGAAGCUGUAAGGACACAUUAACUGGGAUCUCCCAAGCAGUGAAAGAUGUCUGUGUCCUAAAGGCUAAAAAAUGCACUUCAUUGGAAAAGGAAAAUCCUUCACAGAGACCCCAGCCCAGGAGCAGAGACGAAUUUGUACGAUAUGGCUGCCACCUCACACUGGACCCCAACACGGUGAAUAAAUACCUCUGCCUGUCGGAGGGGAACCGGGUGGUGACUCGUGUGGAAGAAGCGCAGCCGUACCCCGAGCACGCCGAGCGAUUUGAGCAGAAACCACAGGUGCUUUGCUCGGAGAGCCUGUCUGGGCGCCAUUACUGGGAGAUAGAGUGGAGCGGGAAUCGGAUCAGCGUGGCGGCGUCAUACCGAGGAAUCAGCAGGAAGGGCGGGAACGACCGCACUCUCUUCGGAUACAACGACAAGUCCUGGAGUUUGUACUACUUCCCCUCUAUGUAUAAUUUCUGGCAUAAUAAUAAAUGCUGGACGGUGUCUGGCCCCCGAUCCUCAAGGAUAGGGGUGUACCUGGAUCACGGGGCAGGAAUUCUAUCCUUCUACAGUGUCUCUGACACAAUGACCCUCCUGCACAGGGUCCAGACCACGUUCACCGAGCCCCUCUAUGCUGGCUUUUACCUCUACGGCAAAGGAACUACCAUUAAACUCUGCUUCCUGGGCUCGUAGAGAAAGCAGAUGUUCAAAGUGUGUUUCUUACAUGGCUUUUCCCCUGUUUAUGUCUGUAUCUGGGGGGCAUUACAUCUCGGAGAUCUGCUGAGUGGGAUUUAAGAAGGGACCUGCUGGUUGAUAUCUCCUCCUCAGUUUCUCAGAUCCUGGCAACCUAUGGCCAGCGAGUCUCUGCGUUGUUUUCCCUGUUGAGUCUGAGAGCAGAGUAGGAUUCUGCUGAUAUAAUCCCUGAGGACGACCAAAAUGACUAACUCUGGAAAUGGCUGAAUUCUGUAGUGUACUAAUUUUAAUGUACAACAGAAAAAAAAAACUAUGGAAAUACGAAACAAAAGAAGAUAAGAAGAUGUGCUGCACUUGAAUCGAGAGUGUGCCUCUGUUUCAGUCUCCCAACUGAAGACAAGGUGUUUUAGCUUCUGACGCCAAGGAUACAUUCCAGUGUUUCUCCAGAAGACUAGACCUAAUGAACCUGAUGGUGCCAUAUGAAAAAACAACCAAUCAGUGCACAUCACAGGUCACAGGUGUGGAGAACCAGGAAACUCAAUUAAGGGACAGUAAGGCCAGGUGCAGAACACGUAAAAGUUAUGCAAUUUCAUCUCCAGUCACGGACUGCGGGCCUUGAACGAAGACAUUAUGAAAUAAACCACAAAGAGAAACAUCAGUGUGAAUAUUUUGGGAACAAAAUUAGCAAAAAAAAAUGGGUGAUGUGAAAGUCAGAUCCUUUAGCGGACGCCGCUCAGUUAUGGCUGGAACAUCCCAAACAAACUCAAUGGUGCCACUGAAACCAGCAAAAUGUCUGAGCAAGUCGAUGGGUAAUUCAAUUUAUUUUUAUAUAGCGCCUUUCACAACAGUCGUCUGAAGGCCGUUUACGUGGAUGUGUUGUGAUACUCUAAUGAUGUUUAAUGUAAUACAGAACAUUCAGGGUAACAUCCUGGCCGAGGUGUCCCUCUUGUCCAGGUGUUCAAGGCUGGUAAGAAGGGUGAGAGAGAGAGAGAGAGAGAGAGAGAGAGAGAGAGAGAGAGACAUCCACUGGCCUGGUCCUCCAGUACACAAACUGUAGGGGGUCCAGAGAGUAUGGAACAAUGUCUCCUGUCCUGUGACCAGUCUGUCCAUACACUUCAUGAGCACUGAGGUCAGUGCCUUUGGCCGGAUCUCAUUCAGAGAUGGCAGUUUGAUGCUUCUUGCAGCGGCACAAAUACUGUCCCCUUGCAGCACAGUGGGACAGUGAAUAGGGCCAAAGGGUCUUCAAAGGUGUCAGUGAUGACAGGGGUCAGUUGUGCUCCAUGUCUUUGGAAGACAUUAAAUCAGGACCAGUGGCCAGUGUGUUCAGUAACUGCUUAACCACACAGCAUCAGUGAAUAAUAAUAUUAAUAACUACCAUAAAAUUUGUGUUGAACAUCCUUAAUGAAUUACCCUUUACUAACUUUGCCAAGGAUAUUAAAAUUUGAAAUUCUCAGUCUUUGAAAAAAAUAUUUAAAGCACUGUAAUUUUUUUCCCUUGCAUCCCCUAUGCAUAUUAAAUAUUAAGAUUUUGAAAGCCA